AUGGACCCACACACCCCACUCCCCAACCCGGAAAAAGAAGAAAAUUUGAAAGAGAAAAGGGGAUUGGAACACGUAACUCGAUUGCUUUCUUUCGAAGCAAUCGUUAAAAGGGUUUUCAAUUUCGUUUUCUGCACGAAGCAGUCAAGAACUUUUUUCAGGGUUUUUGAACUUAUGGAUUUUCGCUCGUUCUUUUGUUGCACAAGUCGCUCCGAUCGGAAAGAGAAAGAGAAGAAACAAUCAACAUGGAGGAUAUUCUCAUUAAAGGAAUUACAUGCUGCUACAAACAAUUUCAAUUAUGACAACAAGCUUGGUGAAGGUGGAUUUGGCAGUGUUUAUUGGGGUCAACUCUGGGAUGGAUCUCAAAUCGCAGUAAAAAGAUUAAAAGUUUUUAGCAACAAAGCAGAAAUGGAAUUUGCUGUUGAAGUUGAGAUUCUUGCACGUGUUAGACACAAGAACCUGUUAAGCUUACGUGGGUAUUGUGCAGAAGGACAAGAAAGGUUAAUAGUGUAUGAUUACAUGCCUAAUCUCAGUUUGCUUUCUCACCUCCAUGGUCAACACUCUUCUGAAAGUCUUCUUGAUUGGCCAAGAAGAAUGACUAUUGCUAUUGGAUCUGCAGAAGGAAUUGUUUAUCUCCACAAUCAAGCAACACCACACAUAAUACACAGAGAUGUCAAAGCAAGCAAUGUGUUACUAGACUCUGAAUUCAAAGCCCAAGUAGCUGAUUUUGGAUUUGCAAAGUUAAUCCCAGAUGGGGCGACCCAUGUAACCACACGGGUCAAAGGGACUCUCGGAUACUUAGCACCCGAAUAUGCGAUGUUAGGUAAAGCAUCAGAGAGUUGUGAUGUUUAUAGUUUUGGGAUUCUUUUACUUGAGAUUGCAAGUGGGAAGAAACCAAUUGAGAAACUAAAUGCAACUACAAGAAGAUCUAUUACAGAAUGGGCUUUACCUUUGGUUUGUGAAGGAAAGUUUAGUGAGAUUGUGGACCCUAAGCUUAAAGGGGAGUAUGUAGAACAAGAGUUGAAAAGGGUUGUUGUUGUUGGGCUUAUUUGUGCACAUAAUCAGCCUGAAAAGAGACCUACAAUGAUUGAAGUUGUUGAGUUGUUGAAAGGGGAGAUGAAAGAGAAGUUUGUUGAAAUUGAGAAUGAUGAAAUGUUUAGAUGUGGUGAGGUGCGUGGUUGUAAUGAUGGGGUGUCGGUUGCGGAUGAUAGUUUGGAUUUUGUUUCCGAGGAGAAGGAAGGAGUACAAGAGAUUGAGAAGGUAGUGGCAUAGAUGUAAAAAAGAUUGUUUUUUUUGGUUGAUUCUUGAUUAUGGUAUGUGCCUAUGUGGUGUGUGUUGUUGAAGAUUUGUGUGAUGUUGUGAUUGUAGGACUACAUUGUAUUUGUGAAAAUGAGGGGUUUUAAUGUGCGUUUGGUUUUUGUAAGAUU